CACUUCAUUAUAUCCUUAACAUAAUCAUAUCGUCUGCUAGCUAAAGCCUUUUUUCUUCACUCCAUUUCUAUAUUGUGCAAAUUUUCGCACCUUGCUAUGGAUGAGAGGAUGAUAGGGGCUGCACAAACAGGAGACAUAAACAUCUUGUAUGAGUUAAUUCUGAAUGAUCCAUAUGUUUUACAGCGUAUCGAUGAUGUACCUUUUUUCCAUACUCCUUUGCAUGUAGCAGCCUCUGCAGGGCAUUUUGAUUUUAUGAUGGAGAUGAUCAACUUAAAGCCAUCGUUUGCAAGAAAGCUAAACCAAGCUGGGUUUAGCCCCAUGCACUUGGCUCUGCAAAAUCAAAAAACUCAAGCAGUGCUUCGACUCCUCAGGUUUGAUGAAGGCCUUCUUCGUGUCAAAAGGCGGGAGGGCUUCACUCCUUUGCAUCAUGUGGUUCAAAAUGGAAAUGUUGAUUUUUUGAUCAAGUUCCUUGAGGUUUGCCCCGAGGCUAUUGAAGAUGUGACUGUUCGAGAUGAGACGGUUUUCCAUCUUGCCGUAAAAAAUAACAGGUUUGAAGCUUUCCAAGUCUUGGUGGGGUGGCUUAUAAGGAGCCGCCAUAAAGCUGCCAACCGUUGGGAGAAAGAACUACUGAGUUGGGCAGACAUUGAUGGCAACACUGUUUUACAUGUUGCUGCUAUCAGAAACAGACCUCAGGUGGUAAAAGUACUGCUGGAACACUUGUGUGGUGACCAUAUCAAUGCGAAAAAUGCAAAGGGAUUGACUGCACUUGAUAUCCAAUCACAAUACCCAUAUUCGAUGUAG